CUCUCUCUAUGGCUUCUGUUUUACAGCAACUAACAUACGGAGAGAGAGAGAGAAAGAAAGAAGGACAAGAAAGAUAGAGAGAGAGGGAAAGAGCAUGCAAAACCUGAAACAUGUCUUAUUAUUUUCCACUUUUGACCCCCCAGUUUUGCUUAAUUCACAUGCUCUCGCCUUCCUUUCAUCGUCUUCCACAUCCCUUUAGUUUGAAUAUUCACUAUGAUGGCAGAAGCAGAAGCAGAAGCAGAAAGAGAGCUACCAAUCUCAAACGUCGAAGCUGUACUGGAUUUUCUACGCAAUAAUGGCUUAAAAGAGGCUGAGUCAGCUCUUAAACAGGAUAUAAUCGAGAAAAAUGAAUUGGGUUCUUUUGAUUUUGAAAAAUUCUUGUUUAUUUUGCCUCCGGUGAGAAUUCCGGCCACCCUCCGGCGACCUGAGGUGGAUGGUGUUGAUGAAGGGUGGAGAUCGAGUUGUAGGUCUGGCUCGGAUGAGGAGUUUGUUAGCUUGGGUUCUUCUACUAGUGAUUUGUGCUCAUCAGAAUUUACAAAUCCAUAUGGACUUCGUUCUGUAUCACAGGCUAAUUCAGAAACAUCGUCGGAUAGGUUGUCUCAGUUUGGCACUGCACGUGAUUAUCCUGAUUUCGAUUUGCAAAAUGACCUUUAUUGGUAUGAUGAGAAAGACGAAGGCUCCUUCAUGAUUCCAUCCUUCAAUGGGCCAGACUACUCUGGUGGUCCAAGUGAGGAUAAGUUUGUCAUGACAUCAGAGACCAUGAACCUAUUUGAAAAUCCACUGAUUUUAUAUGAUAAAACAGAAGGAUUUGAAACAGAAGCAACAAAUAAUUUCUUGGAUAAGUCUUUUCCUUUUAAUGAGACAUCUGUGAAAGAUAAAAAUGAAAUUCAGGCAAUGGAUUAUUAUCAUUUUGAUAAAGAAAAUCAUAUGAAAGGAGACAUUGAGGGGAAUGGUGGUUCAAUUCCCCUUUGCAAGUGCUGUGCAAGAACAGGAGGAAAUCAUGAUUUGAGUGAUUUUCAGCUAAAAAUUGGAGAUAUGCCCACUGAUUACAAUAUAGCUCAUGGACAAAGUAAAAACAAGAACAGUAACUACUCUUCAAAAGAAAAUUCUAGUAGUGACUGGAUUGAAUGUUAUAAAGGCUUCUCUGACAUUGUACCAAACGGAGACUAUGAAGUUAGAAAUGGUGGGAAAACAAAUGGAGAAGCUGAUGAGCUUAAAGCUGCUGCAAAUGAAGAGGGUGGAGAAGUUAACACGGAUGAGCUUUUGAUGUUCGAUGCUCAGGAUGAUGAAUAUGAAGUGUUCGAUCUGCGAAUCAUACACAGGAAAAACAGGACAGGAUUCGAGGAAAGCAAGGAUCUACCUAUUGUGCUUAAUACUGUCAUUGCAGGCAGAUAUUAUGUCACAGAAUACCUAGGUUCAGCAGCUUUCAGUAAGGUUAUUCAGGCACAUGAUCUUUACACGGGUAUUGAUGUCUGUCUGAAGAUUAUUAACAAUGACAAAGAUUUUUUCGAUCAGAGUUUAGAUGAAAUUAAACUUCUGAAGCUUGUGAACAAGCAUGAUCCUGCUGAUGAACGCCAUAUUCUGCGUCUUUAUGACUACUUCUAUCACCAGGAACAUCUAUUCAUUGUUUGCGAACUCCUUCGGGCAAACUUGUAUGAAUUUCAGAAAUUUAAUCAAGAAUCAGGGGGGGAGCCAUAUUUCACUCUGAGCAGGCUGCAGGCCAUAACCCGUCAAUGUCUGGAGGCACUGGAAUACUUGCAUCACUUGGGAAUUAUUCAUUGUGAUCUCAAGCCUGAGAAUAUUCUGAUAAAGAGUUACAGAAGAUGUGAGAUAAAGGUUAUUGAUCUUGGAAGCAGUUGCUUUAGGUCGGACAAUUUGUGUCUAUAUGUACAAUCUCGUUCCUAUAGAGCUCCUGAAGUCAUUUUGGGUCUUCCAUAUGACCAAAAGAUUGACUUAUGGUCUCUUGGCUGCAUCUUGGCUGAGCUAUGCUCUGGGGAAGUGUUAUUUCCAAAUGAUGCGGUUGUAAUGAUUCUCGCACGCAUGAUUGGGAUGCUGGGCCCUAUUGAUUUGGAGAUGUUGGUUGAGGGACAGGAAACAUACAAGUACUUCACAAAAGAAUAUGAUCUUUAUUACUUAAAUGAGGAGUCAAACCAACUAGAAUACAUAAUCCCAGAAGAGUCAUCAUUGGAGCAUCAUCUUCAAGCUUUCGAUGAUGGAUUUAUCGACUUUGUCAGAUGCUUGCUUGAGGUAAAUCCCUUGAUGCGUCCGACUGCCAGAGAGGCACUAGAGCACCCUUGGCUUUCGCACUCGUACGAGUCAAAUCCUUACUGAAUUUCUGGAAAAUUUACCACUCUUAUUUGCAAUCUCUUUUCUUUUUGUGAGCCAAAACUUUCUUAGCACAAGACGGGAAUCAAGAUUUCCGAUGUCAGUUUUGUUUUGAUGUGCAUGCAAUGCAACCGUACCAGCUUUGCUAUGCUACAUAUACUUGUUGAUCACUAUAUAAUUUAUUCUGUAUAGAAGGUUGUUCUACAAUUUUUUU